AUGUUAUAUGCAUCAAAGUAAUAUAACUAUAACCUAUAGUACUGUGGAUGGGGCGCAGCUACUUCCUUGGCCACUCCACUUUUUGCCGGCCACCCCCAGCAGAGCCGAGUACCACGGCGCCCGCCACGCUGCCCUCCCAGGGCAGCGCAAGCGGUGUGACGAAGCUUGGGAUGCCCAACGAUGUGGUGGCGGACGCUGCAGGCAACCUGCUGGUGAUGGACACCCGCAACGAACGCGUGGCGGUCUUCCGUCAGGAUGGCACCUUCAUUGCCAGCAUCAUGGAGGGUUUCUUCAAGGACAAGGGGAACACCUUCUCGUACCUGGCGUGCAACGUCGAAACCGGAGUGGUCGCAUUGUCCAACAAUGACAUGCACGAGCUGGCGCUGCUGAGCACUGAUCCGGCACGAUUGGUCGUGGCCGAGUGAGGGGCGGAGUGAUGCAGUCGUUGCUUUGAAUGGAUGUGGUGAUACGAGUCACCAAGGCUGUUCUGCAAGAGCCUUCCGACUAGGUGGGGAAGACAGC